AUGGCGUUGAGCGCUUUAGCGGAAGAGUACUUCAGUACAAUGAACCCGAUAGCUGCAAAAAUACACGAAGAUAUUGUGGAAACGCGGAAUUGUUACGAAAAUAUCUGGGAAACACUAUCUCACAAGGAAAAGGCAGAAAUAAUUAAUGAGUCGAUUAUAAAACCAGACAUUGCACUCAAAUAUGCCCUCUUGGAUACAUUAGAUUUUGACUUGAACAACCCACCUGUACACAAAGAUGAUUUGAUGUCCUUCUUUGGCCGAGAGCAGGGACAAAAAGUAAUUCAAGAUGAGAAUGGAUCAUACAAGGAUGAAUACUCAGCUCCGUUUCUAUAUCAGACUAAGAGCCAGCUAAAUUUAUGCAUCUUAAGUGGGAGUCGGAAGUCUAAGGAAGUUCCGGCAUCACCACCACCCAUAUUAUCAGAAUUGGCCUUGUCUCAUUCAAAAGUGGUGAAUGAAUUAAAGAAUGCAUUGAAAUCUCACGACGCAACUAGAUAUAAAGAUUCCAAUAGAGAUGUUGUAUCGCCUACUAGCUUUAUUACAAAGUUUAUGGGUAAUUUCAAGGGUAAGGAUGAAGAAAAGCAAUGUCUGGUGUCAACACAUCAGGGACAAAUUGUCGCAUCAUCUGAUAACUUCUUCAGAACGAGUUAUAAGAGUCCACAGAAUGAUAAGUUUGAGAAGGACUAUCGGAGCAGUAUUGCCAAGUCGAGUAGUGACAUUUCUGAGGAGAACCGUGGCCUCCUCUCCAGCCAAACAUCGUCAGGCACAGACUUCCACUCAACAGAGACUCUCACCGAAUCAGCAAUGCCAAAAACUGGUUUCGAUUUUUUGGACAACUGGUAA